GGGAGGAAACGGAAGGAACCCGUGGUCUCAGUUGACGGUGCUAUGGAGGCUACUGGUGAACUUGCGGGCGGGGACCCCAGUGCGGGCCUGGAGCCUGGGAACCUGUCUGGCGUGCGGCACAUCAUCCUUGUUCUCUCUGGGAAGGGGGGCGUUGGGAAAAGCACCAUCUCCACAGAACUGGCCCUGGCACUGCGACACGAGGGCAAGAAGGUAGGGAUCCUGGAUGUGGACCUGUGUGGCCCCAGCAUUCCACGCAUGCUCCAGGCACAGGGCAGGGCCGUGCACCAGUGUGACAGUGGCUGGGUGCCUGUCUUUGUGGAUCAGGAGCAGAGCAUCUCCCUCAUGUCUGUGGGCUUCCUGCUGGAGAGGCCAGACGAGGCCGUGGUGUGGAGAGGUCCCAAGAAGAGUGCACUGAUAAAGCAGUUUGUGUCUGAUGUGGCCUGGGGAGAGCUGGACUACCUAGUUGUGGACACACCCCCCGGCACCUCUGAUGAGCACAUGGCCGCCGUGGAAGCCCUGCGCCCUUACAGGCCCCUGGGGGCCCUCGUGGUCACCACACCGCAGGCAGUGUCUGUGGGGGAUGUGAGGCGGGAGCUGACCUUCUGCAGGAAGACAGGGCUGCAGGUGAUGGGGGUCGUGGAGAACAUGAGCGGCUUCGCCUGCCCACACUGUGCCGAGUGCACCAACAUUUUCUCCAGAGGUGGCGGGGAGGAGCUGGCUCGGCUUGCUGGAGUUCCGUUCUUAGGCUCUGUGCCCCUGGAUCCUGAGCUCAGCAGGAGCCUGGAAGAGGGCCGAGACUUCAUCCAGGAGUUCCCCAAGAGCCCCGCGUUUCCUGCACUUGCCUCCAUAGCCCGGGAAGUUCUGAAUGCCACACCUGCUCUGCUCUCCUGACAGGCAGCCCCAUGACCGCCUGAUGCUGCCAAGGGCUGUCCUCAUAGCAGAGAUCUGGGUGUGGGUGUGGUUCCUGUGACCUGUGCUCUGUGGACACCUGCCUGGCCCUGCCCUUGGAGAUGUCUCUGUGGCAUUCUAAGUGGGGCUUAUGGCUGGGGUUCUACCUAAUGGCCUGUGGUUGACACUGGCACAGGUCCUGGUGUUGUGGGACAGUGGUCCCAGCUCUGGUCACCUGCCCCCUGGAGGGAUAGGCUGCUGCACACAGCCGAGAUCCACCCUGUUCCUAGGCUUGCCCAGGACUUCACCUUCCUCAGGCAACUAUUAAUGGGGAGCCUUUGUAAGGUGGUGUAUUGGCCUCAGGUGUGUACAGUGACUUUAGAAGAACCUACUAUUAAAUGGCCUGGUCAGCAGA